AUGCCUGAAGCUCCAAGACGAUCAGCCUUUUCAAAAAAACAAACUAGACCAAAUCUCUCUCGAUCACAUCCUCCAAAAGACCGUCUGGCAACAAAACAACCCACAGCUCCUAACCAUGGCAUUUCCACCCCACCUAUACUCUCGAGCCACUCUGGAUCAUUUCUCGAUUCACCCAUUACGCUACCCAUCCAGCUUACCUUUUCACAACUUCGACCUAUUGCAUACCGCAUUUUUUCUAAAAAACAUGGCCUAAACUUGAAAACUUCUGGUCUCGAGGCUCUUGCCGAGUUCAUUGGCCAAAAGUUUGGGCUUGAUUGGCGCGGACCCGCCGCUCAACGCUUCAUGGAUGACGUAGCAAAACUUUGGAAACAAGAAGACCGUGGUCUUUUCAUUGAAAGAGACCAACUCCAAGAAAUUAUUCGAGAAGUGUUGGAUCUUUCUCAAAGUAUGGCAUCUUUAAGACACCAGUCACUAAACCAACCAUCCAUCAAUGGUCAUACCAAACAAUCAUCACUCAUCCAAAUGUUUAACAAUCAACCAAGUAAGGCUCAAAGAAUUGACACUAUUCCCGAUGGCCCAGAUCCUACAGAUACGUUAACUGAUACUGUAUCCAGACCAUAUGAACCUUCUGUCAUUGAAUCUAUCGACACUAACAUCAUUGCGGCAAAACUUGCAAAACAAACAGAAAUUAACUGGAAAGAUUACUACAAGGUCAUCCCUGCGUUCCAGCAACCUUCUUAUGAAUACAAUUACAAAAACAAACAUUUCCAAGUAAAACGACAUACACCAUCUUUUCUGGCACCUGUGCCUUCGCGUAUUAGCUUUUUCGUUAGUAGAUACCAUUUUGCAUAUGACUCGCUCAUGCGACAAGAACUCUUCCAUUCUACAAAGUUCUUUUCUGCAACAACAUCAGUUACCCAGGACUCCAGCCAAGUGAUUACUCCAGUUAACAGUCUUCUUGGUCGUGAUGGCCAGGCAUUUGUCAUUUUUGGUCUUUUAUCCCAAGGCGCAAAUGGUAACUACUGGCUUCAAGAUCCUAGUGGCAAGAUCGAGCUCGACAUUGCGUCCCAUGCACUUCCAUCACCAGGAUCUUAUUAUGUUCCAGGAUCACUUGUCAUUGCAGAUGGAAUCGUCACCAGAAACAAGUUUAUCGUCACUACUGUAGGUAUUCCACCCUGCGAGCCUCGAAGCACCAUCAGAGAAAACUUUGGCUACAUUGACUUUUUGGGUGUACAUGCGCCACCCCAGUCUUCCUCCAAAAAUAAUAACCUUGACAAGUCUUUCGCGCCAACAAAGCCUAUCCGCGUUGAUGUACAGCUGGAGAAAAGGCUCAUGAUGAAGGAAUGUCAGCAUGCAGACCACCGAGUCUUUAUUCUCGGUUGCAAUACUUUUCUUGACAAGCUAAAGACUCUCGACAGUCUACGGAAACUUUUUACCCGUUUAAAAGCUGAAAUCACAAUUGAUUCACUUGUCCCAAUCACUUUUGUUUUUAUGGGCCCAUUUUCAUCAAAGCCCUUUCAGCCUAAUGGCAGCUCUUCACCGUAUAAAGAUGGCAUGGAUGCGCUGGCCCAAAUCAUUCAAGAAUACCCAGAACUUUUUGUGGGAACAAAUAUUUUGUUUGUUCCCGGAGAUGGUGAUCCUUGGGAAGCCACAUUUUCUGCAGGUGCUCCAGCUAUAUGGCCUUCUAGAGGAAUCCCUCCAACAUUUGUCAAUCGUAUCAAACGAGCAGUUCCCACUGCAUCUUUUCCAUCCAAUCCGUGCAGAGUCGGGUACUUGUCGCACGAGAUUUUAUUUGUACGUGAUGAUGUUGGUGCCAGACUGCGGCGUAACCAAAUCUUUUUCCCAGCUCUCGAGCGUCGUCUCAAGGGCCAAGGCGAUAACUUGGAGACGAUAUCUGAUGAUGAAGAUGAAGAAGAUGAAAAACUGCCGACCAGCCAUUCGCGUGUAUCUCGUCAAAAUGGUGUUGUAGAUGACGAGGAUAUUAAUGAUCUUGAAGAAGAUCUGGAACACAUUGUGCUUGACGCACAAACAGAUAAAAACACUACCAAGCUGGCCGAGCAAAACCAAAAGAUUCAAGAACUUCUCAAGGAAAGCAACCACCUGUUGUCAGCUCCUCGCGAGCACGUCGAUCCAGACGUUGCGGAAGCUCGCAGAGUGGUCAAAACACUUCUUGACCAGGGAACUCUUUCGCCAUUCCAGCUAAGUGUACGACCAGUUUCUUGGGACUAUAGCCAUGCGCUGCGACUUUCGCCUCUCCCGACUUUUAUGGUUUUGGGUGACCCUACUACUCCAAAGUUUAAAGUCACAUACCAGGAGUGUCAGGUCGUUAAUCCAGGACCGCUUAUCGAUAAGGGCCAGAUUCACUGGGUAGAAUAUACCCCAAGCACUCGUACUGCUGCUGAGCGGUCCAUGUAUAUUUAA